ACAACACAGGCGGCAGAGGAGGACGCGCGGCGUUUUCUAGAUGACAGACCUAACGUAAACAUACGUCUAUCCCUUUAACACAGUAGCAUACAGUCAUUACUGCUCUCGGGAAGCCUGGAGAAGAAGAAUGACUGAUGAAGGAGUGUUAAUCUCACCGUCGGUUCUCGAGGAUCCCGGAGAAAGAGCGAAAACCGAAGACAUCAGGAUGGAUUGUACGGGUGGUGAAGAUGAAUUGUCUUUGGAAGAGAUUUUAACACUGUACAGUCAACCGAUUAAUGAAGAGCAGGCAUGGGCCGUGUGUUAUCAGUGCUGCAAGUGGUUAACGCAGAAGCAGAGGCGGAAAGAGAGAGGUGUGAGUCCACCUGGACGCAUCGCGGGGCCCGAAGAUGUGAGGAUCCGAAAGGACGGGGCAGUUAAACUGUAUCAACAGAGCAGUCCAGAUAAACCCAUUCCACCCAGUACAUCAAUAGAGAUCAUCGAGUCUCUGGGUAUAAUGAUUUAUAAGGCUCUGGAUUAUGGACUGAAGGAGAAUGAGGAAAGAGAACUCAGCCCUCCUCUGGAGCAGCUCAUCGACCUCAUGACCAAUAUGGCAGACACGGAGUCAGAUCCCUGUCCGGAUGAGGGCUACGAGGCUACAGAAGAGGAGGACGAGGGAGAGGAAGAACCUGAAGAAGUCUCCAACAUUCGAGGCUACCGUGACAUAAUAUCGCUUUGCACGUCUCACCUCCCCAGCCCGUCAGAUGCUCCCAACCACUACCAGGCUGUAUGCCGAGCCUUGUACACAGAGACUAAGGAGCUCCGCACCUUCCUGGAGAAGAUCAAGAAUGCCAAAGAGAAUUUGCGGCGAAUGGAAGGAGAAACUCGAGAAGAACCCGUCAGAGAUCUGGACGAGCUGCAGAAUGCUGACUGGGCACGGUUUUGGGUGCAGGUAAUGAGGGACCUGAGACACGGUGUGAAACUGAAAAAGGUACAGGAGCGUCAGUACAACCCUCUGGCCAUCGAAUUCCAGCUCACGCCUUACGAGAUGCUCAUGGACGACAUCCGCUCCCAACGCUACAAACUGCGCAAAGUCAUGGUGAAUGGUGAUAUUCCUCCCCGGUUAAAGAAGAGUGCUCACGAGAUCAUACUAGAGUUCAUUCGAUCCAGACCUCCUCUGAAUCCUGUUUCUGCUCGUAAGCUGAAGCCUCAUCCUCCAAAACCUCCAAGUCUUCAUGAGCGAAUCCUGGAAGAGAUCAGGUCAGAGAGGAAGCUCAGACCUGUUUCACCUGAUAUGAUCCGUAGGAGCCGGCUCGGUGCAGGCAAAAGCAUGAGCACUCCACAGGACUUGUUCCGAAGCUCAGACUUCCAUGAUGGACCACAAAAGUUGGCUGUCAGCACGCUGUCUCUGGCCAAUGGCAUGUCGCCAAGUCACAGCCCCAUAAACGGUGUGGCCGGAGGGCAACCACUUUCCCAGAGAAAGAGAUUGCUCAAGGCACCAACGCUGGCUGAAUUGGAUAGCUCUGAUUCUGAUGAGGACACAACCACUCGGAAGUCAGACAGCAGUUCCAGCAUAUCCACCUCAAUGGUGGAGGACACAUCUCCAGAGUCUGUCAUGGGCAAAAAGACUCCCCCUCGGUUCCUGCCCAUAUCCUCUACACCACAACCUGACAAGCGUAUCGCCCCACAGAGGAGACACUCCAUAGAGAAGGAAGCUCCCACCAGUGUACGGUCUUUCAAUCCUCCAUCUCGCCAGAACUCCAAAUCUCUGCUUUCCAACAACAAGGCUCAAGCACUAGGCAGAGGUCAUGUGGAGGAAUUCUGUUACCCUGUCGAGUGUCUUACUCUGACUGUAGAGGAGGUGAUGCACAUCAGACAGGUUCUGGUUAAAGCAGAGCUGGAGAAAUUCCAGCAGUAUAAAGAUGUCUAUCAUGCGCUCAAGAAAGGAAAGCUUUGUUUCUCAUGUCGGACAAAGAGGUUCUCCCUUUUCACCUGGUCCUACACCUGUCAGUUCUGUAAGAGGCCUGUUUGUUCACAGUGUUGUAAGAAGAUGAAGAUGCCCUCCAAGCCCCAUGCCAGCCUUCCCAUCUCCUCUCUGGGCCCCAGCAUUUUGCCCAAAAAGGAUUCAGGAGCAUCAGCUAAAACAGAGAAGACCUCCUCUACAUCUGGCCACAACCGUAACAGUCUUCAGCGUUCCAUGUCCAGACUGUCUAAGCACGGUGAGCACUCAUCCUCCAAAGAGGAGCUGGAGCUGCCUGAGCAGUUCACCGAGGACUGGAGCACUGUGGAGGUCUGCGUGGACUGCAAGAAAUUCAUUAAUGACAUCAUCAGCAACAGCAGGCACAACCUGUCCACCAAGCAUGCCCGUCUGCAUCGCAGGACCCAUUCCGUCUACAUGUCGUCCACCAGUUCUUCCAACUACAAGCCAUCCGAACGGACUAUCAAAGAAGUUUAGGACGAUUCUGCCUCUCAACCCCGCACUCAAUGGCAGCCGUCUUUUCGGAUCCAUAGUGCUUGGAAAUCUAUUGGUGUGGCCCUCCUAUCAACAUGGCCCUGUUUAUACUGUUAUCACCUGUCUCAAAUGCUCGAGUCCUGGUGGCCAGAGAAAUCAACUGAAAGUGCCAGACAGAAAUAGGGGCGUUAAGUUACGAAUGACAGUAUGGCCACUCUGUUCACUUUGUAAUGUACCUUUAAUACCUCUCCUCUUCUCUUCCUUUUAUAAAGUGCCAGAGGUGAAGGAAUAAAGCUGUCCCUCUUCUCGCAUGAGCUCUUAAGCACCAGCUUUCUCAGGAAUCAUAGGCUUCAUUUGUAAUUAAAGCUUUGGAAUGUAGUUUUAAAAACUUACUAGCUUUCUCCAUGGCAAUGAUGUGAUUACCACUGAAUGAAAUGAAAAAAAUGAGGGUAAGGAGAGAGCUGUUUAGAGAUUAAUUGGUGAAAAAAGAAAAGCAAGGCUGCUUUCUGCACUACAAGGCACAAGGCCUGAAUGUACAUUUUUCAACAUAGAAAACUUGAACUCUGCAGUUGUAUGUAAAUAGUAAGCUGAGUGAUCAGCCUAAAUGUUAUAGAUGUAAAUAGGCAUCCACUUCUUGGUUAUUUUCUCCUAUUAGGAAGAACUUGUCGAUCGCUGGAAGAGAAAAGAGACACUGUAAUUAACACCGCUACAAUUCAAGAUGAAGUCUUACCAAAUGUGUUUCUUAUUGUUUGUUAAAGUGGCUGCUGUGACAGUGGCAUGGUCCAAAUGAAUGAAGUUUUAGACAAUUACAAAGAAUACUUACAGAUAUAUAUUUUUGUCUGUCUAAUGAAAGUUUUUGAGAUUUUACUUCAAGACAAGGGUUUUUUAGAGAGCAGAUGCUGAAAGCUAUAACGUUUCUUGAAGAAUGGAUCAUCUGUGCCAAAACAGAUCUCUACAUUCUGAGCAAUAUGUACUUUUGGUCUGAUGUACAGUUGAAGUCAGAAGUUUACAUACACCAUAGCCAAAUACAUUUAAACUCAGUUUUUCACAGUUCCUGACAUUUAAUCAUAGAAAACAUUCCCUGUCUUAGGUCAGUUAGGAUCACUAUUUUAAGAAUGUGAAAUGUCAGAAUAAUAGUAGAGAGAAUUAUUUAUUUCAGCUUUUAUAUAUUUAAUCACAUUCCUAGUGGGUCAGAAGUUUACAUACACUUUGUUAGUAUUUGUUAGCAUUGCCUUCAAAUUGUUUAACUUGGGUCAAAUGUUUUGGGUAGCCUUCCACAAGCUUCUCACAAUAAGUUGCUGAAAUUUUGGCCCAUUCCUCCAGACUGAACCGGUGUAACUGAGUCAGGAUUGUAUGUCUCCUUGCUCACACAUGCUUUUUCAGUUCUGCCCACAAAUUUUCUAUCGGAUUGAGGUCAGGGCUUUAUGAUGGCCACUCCAAUACCUUGACUUUGUUGUCCUUAAGCCAUUUUGCCACAACUUUGGAGGUAUGCUUGUGGUCAUUGUCCGUUUGGAAGACCCAUUUGCAACCGAGCUUUAACUUUCCUGGCUGAUGUCUUGAGAUGUUGCUGCAAUAUCCACAUAAUUGUCCUUCCUCAUGAUGCCAUCUAUUUUGUGAAAUGCACCAGUCCCUCCUGCAGCAAAGCACCCCCACAACAUGAUGCUGCCACCCCCAUGCUUCACGGUUGGGAUGGUGUUCUUCGGCUUGCAAGCCUCACCCUUUUUCCUCCAAACAUAACAAUGGUCAUUGUGGCCAAACAGUUCAAUUUUUGUUUCAUCAGACCAGAGGACAUUUCUCCUAAAAGUAUGAUCUUUGUCCCCAUGUGCACUUGCAAACUAUAUUCUGGCUUUUUAUGGCGGUUUUGAAGCAGUGGCUUCUUCCUUGCUGAGCAGCCUUUCAGGUUAUGUCGAUAUACGACUCGUUUUACUGUGGAUAUAGAUACUUGUCUACCCGUUUCCUCCAGCAUCACAAGGUCCUUAGCUGUUGUUCUGGGAUUGAUUUGCACUUUCGCACCAAACUAUGUUCAUCUCUAGGAGACAAAAUGCGUCUCCUUCCUGAGUGGUAUGAUGGCUGCGUGGUCCCAUGGUGUUUAUACUUGUGUACUAUUGUUUGUACAGAUGAACGUGGUAUCUUCAGGCAUUUGUAAAUUGCUCCCAAGGAUGAACCAGACUUGUGGAGGUCCACAAUUUUACUUCUGAGGUCUUGGCUGAUUUAUUUUAAUUCUCCCAUGAUGUCAAGGAAAGAGGGACUGAGUUUGAAGGUAGGCCUUAAAAUUCAUCCAUAGGCACACCUCUAAUUCAGUACACCUCCUAUCAGAAGCUAAUUGUCUAAAGGCUUGACAUAAUUUUCUGGAAUUUACCAAGCUGCUUAAAGGCACAGUUAACUUGGUGUAUGUAAACUUCUGACCCACUGGAAUUGUGAUACAGUCAAUUAAAAGUGAAACAAUCUGUCUGUAAACCAUUGUUGGAAAAAUUACUUGUGUCAUGCACAAAGUAGAUGUCCUAAACGACUUGGCAAAACUAUAGUUUGCUAAUAGUAAAUCUGCGGAGUUGUUAAAAAAUGGGUUUUAAUGACUUCAACCUAAAUGUAUGUAAACUUCUGGCUUCAACUGUAUAUAGUCAGUAACACUUACUGGAGGUGGGGGAUCUAAUUCUCUCCCCCAGAAAGGAGCUAACUUUUGUAGGAUAGAUUUAUGUACAUGCUGUAUAUCCACUUAUCUAAUAUUAAAAUCUGCUUUAUUGUUAUAAUAUUAUGAUUUAUAUUAAUAUGAAUUAUUUUAUUUUUCAGUGUCUUUUUUGCAAAUAUUGCUGUCUUCAUGUUCAUUUUGCCACUUUCACUCAACCUUAAAAAUGUCUUAAAACAUUGUAAAUUAAGUUAUAAUAUCUAAUUAAUUACCAAUUACUAGUGCAAUGAAACAUCAGUACUCCCCAAGCAGAAUUGAACAACUAUUACUGUGAAGCUACUGAAUUCAUGUCAGGGUUUUGGAAUGAUUAUAUAUAUAUAUAUAUAUUACCUCAGUUAAGAACAAAACACACAUACCUAUAGAAAUAAAGGCCUGUUGACUCGUUCUUCUCUUUUGUGCAAAACUGACUGUUCUGCCUUUAUCUUAAGUAUGAUUGAUGUGUGCACAAUGAAAUCUAUGAUUUUUUUAACAAGGAGAGAAUUGCAAAUAAAUAAAGCAUUUGAAUUUGAAA